GAUGGCGUGUGCGUGAUGCUGCUGCGCAGGAGUGAGCCGGGCAACGAGUUGGAGGAGCUGCUCUGGGAUAACGGACCGGCGCUCCGGCGGACGGCAUCGCCCUUCCCGCCCUUCUCCUGCAGCGCCGCCGGCACUAUGAAGGCGCAGGAGCUCGCCAAGCACCCCGCGUCGGCGACGGCGAUGGCGCACGGACACGACGACGACGCCGUGCCGUGGUUGCAACAUUACCCCAUCAUCGGCGUGGACGACGACGGCAGCGGCGGCGACACGGCCCCGCUGCCCCAGGAGUACUUCUCCACCUUGUUUCCCGGGUUCUCCGACCUCCCCGCUGCGGUGGCGAGCAGAGAUGCCGGAGCGCCAUCAACGUCUCACGCAGCGGUCGUCGUGCCGCCGCUGCCGGAGCCACCUGCGCCCCCCAAGCAGCAGCAGCCGCCGCCUCGGACCACCGGCGAGGGCGUCAUGAACUUCUCCUUCUUCUCGAGGCCCCUGCAGCGCUCGCUGCCGCAGGCCAGCGUGAGACCGUCUGCCGCGGGGAGCAAGUCCGUCGAGUCGAUGCUGCUGCAGACCAACAGGCUAAGAAGCACCCCUCUGUUCUCGGAGCAGAGGACGGCGUGGCUGCAUCCGCCCAAGGAGUCACCCGCCACGGCGUCCGCAUCCCGUCCUCCGGCACCGCCGGUGCCUGUCCGGCAUGCUGCAGAACCGGCUGCGGCGUUACCCCAGAGACUGCAACCGGAAGCCAGGGCUGCGGCGUUACCACCGAGAUUGCAACCGGAAGUGAGGGCUGUGGCGUUACCCCAGAGAUUGCAAUCGGAAGCGAGGGCUUCCGAGAUGCCACCGCCGCCCGCAACAGCGACGACCUCGUCUGUCUGCUCCGACAACGGUGAGCGGAGCCAGCUGAAGAGGAGCAGCCACCAGACUCUGGAGUGGUCGGUCAGUCAGGACGACGAGGAUCUCGACGACGAGGCCGGCGGGCUGAGAAGGUCGGCGGCGAGGAGCACCAAGCGCGGCCGCACCGCCGAAGUGCACAACAUGUCGGAGAGGAGGAGAAGGGACCGAAUCAACGAGAAAAUGCGCGCCCUGCAAGAACUCAUCCCCAACUGCAACAAGAUCGACAAGGCGUCGAUGCUGGAGGAGGCCAUCGAGUACCUCAAGACCCUGCAGCUCCAGGUCCAGAUGAUGUCGACGAUGGGGACGGCCGGGCUGUGCAUGCCGCCGAUGAUGGCGAUGCAGCACAUGCAGAUGCCGCCCAUGGCGCACUUCCACCACCACCACCUCGGCGCCAUGGGGUUCGGCAUGGGCGCCUUCGACCCGCGCCUCGUCGCCGGCGCCGGCGCCGCGCAGUUCCCUUACCCGAUGAUGCCCGGCGCGCCCAUGUUCGGCGCCCACGCGAUGCCUCCCCCGCCACCGUUCCACCAGGCGGCGGUGGCGGGCGCUCACAUGGCUGCCGGCCCGGUCACCAACGACGCCGCCACCGCAGCGCAGGCCGAGCACGAGCAGACACCGGGCGACCAUCCGCAGGUCCCACGAGCAAUGUAGCCUAGCUCCAACAGCGGCGGCGGUCGAUCUGGCUCUGUAGCAGGCUAGCGGCGCACGCAGCAAGGCUCGGUAACUCCGAGCCGGGCUGCGGCAAAACGAAGCAGUAAAAUCUUUGUGAGACUGUAAAAUGGUUCACUGCUCCGGCAUCUUCUCCGUGUCAGAGGAUAGGCCGGGUACAGUGUCUGCUGGGGAGGAUCAAUGGAUCAGGAUCGCUUCUGCUUCCCGCUGCAGUACUCAAUCCUGAUAUGUCCUACCACCGUUUUUAAAGCUUCGUCCGCCGCUCAUGAUGCUCAUCAUGCCGCGGGCAGGAGUCAAUCUAAAGUAUAGCGAGCACUGUUCGUGCA